AUGCAGACACGGGGAGAACAUGCAAACUCCACACAGGACUCACCUCUCCACAGCCGGGUGGCAGAGUGGUCGUCCGUCCUGAGGCGACAGGUAGCUGUAGAAGGCAGACCCUCCCUCCACACGGAUGUUGAAGAGCACUCGGCCGUUCUGAGCAGAAAGACAAACAAAACCUCACUCCAGGACCUCACUCCAGGACCUCACUCCAGGACCUCACUCCAGGACCUCACUCCAGGACCUCACUCCAGGACCUCACUCCAGGACCUCACUCCAGGACCUGUCUCCAGGACCUCACACCUUGACCUGACCUCACACCUUGACCUCACUCCAGGACCUCACUCCAGGACCUCACUCCAGGACCUCACUCCAGGACCUCACACCUUGACCUCACUCCAGGACCUCACUCCAGGACCUCACUCCAGGACCUCACACCUUGACCUCACUCCAGGACCUCACUCCAGGACCUCACACCUUGACCUCACUCCAGGACCUCGCUCCAGAACCUCACUCCAGGACCUCACUUCAGGACCUCACUCCAGGACCUCGCUCCAGGACCUCACUCCAGGACCUCACUCCAGGACCUCACUCCAGGACCUCACUCCAGGACCUCACUCCAGGACCUCACUCCAGGACCUUGCUCCAGGACCUCACUCCAGGACCUCACUCCAGGACCUCGCUCCAGGACCUCACUCCAGGACCUCACUCCAGGACCUCACCCCAGGACCUCACUCCAGGACCUCACCCCAGGACCCCACUCUAGGACCUCACUCCAGGACCUCACACCUUGACCUCACUCCAGGACCUCACUCCAGGACCUCACUCCAGGACCUCACUCCAGGACCUCACUUCAGGACCUCACUCCAGGACCUCGCUCCAGGACCUCACUCCAGGACCUCACUCCAGGACCUCACUCCAGGACCUCGCUCCAGGACCUCGCUCCAGGACCUCACUCCAGGACCUCACUCCAGGACCUCGCUCCAGGACCUCACUCCAGGACCUCACUCCAGGACCUCGCUCCAGGACCUCACUCCAGGACCUCACUCCAGGACCUCACUCCAGGACCUCGCUCCAGGACCUCACUCCAGGACCUCACUCCAGGACCUCACUCCAGGACCUCACUCGAGGACCUCACUCCAGGACCUCGCUCCAGGACCUCACUCCAGGACCUCACUCCAGGACCUCACUCCAGGACCUCGCUCCAGGACCUCACUCCAGGACCUCACUCCAGGACCUCACUCCAGGACCUCGCUCCAGGACCUCACUCCAGGACCUCACUCCAGGACCUCACUCCAGGACCUCACUCCAGGACCUCACUCCAGGACCUCGCUCCAGGACCUCACUCCAGGACCUCACUCCAGGACCUCACUCCAGGACCUCACUCCAGGACCUCACUCCAGGACCUACCUCACUCCAGGACCUCACUUCAGGACCUCACACCUUGACCUGACCUCGCUCCAGGACCUCACUCCAGGACCUCACUCCAGGACCUCGCUCCAGGACCUCACUCCAGGACCUCACUCCAGGACCUCACUCCAGGACCUCACUCCAGGACCUCACUCCAGGACCUUGCUCCAGGACCUCACUCCAGGACCUCACUCCAGGACCUCGCUCCAGGACCUCACUCCAGGACCUCACUCCAGGACCUCACCCCAGGACCCCACUCUAGGACCUCACUCCAGGACCUCACACCUUGACCUCACUCCAGGACCUCACUCCAGGACCUCACUCCAGGACCUCACUCCAGGACCUCACUUCAGGACCUCACUCCAGGACCUCGCUCCAGGACCUCACUCCAGGACCUCACUCCAGGACCUCACUCCAGGACCUCGCUCCAGGACCUCGCUCCAGGACCUCACUCCAGGACCUCACUCCAGGACCUCGCUCCAGGGACCUCACUCCAGGACCUCACUCCAGGACCUCACCCCAGGACCCCACUCUAGGACCUCACUCCAGGACCUCACUCCAGGACCUCAGACCUUGACCUCACUCCUUGACCUCACUCCAGGACCUCACACCAUGACCUCACUCCAGGACCUCACUCCAGGACCUCGCUCCAGGACCUCACUCCAGGACCUCGCUCCAGGACCUCACUCCAGGACCUCACUCCAGGACCUCGCUCCAGGACCUCACUCCAGGACCUCACUCCAGGACCUCACUCCAGGACCUGUCUCCAGGACCUCACACCUUGACCUGUCUCCAGGACCUCACACCUUGACCUCACUCCAAGACCUCACUCCAGGACCUCACUUCAGGACCUCACUCCAGGACCUCACUCCAGGACCUCGCUCCAGGACCUCACUCCAGGACCUCGCUCCAGGACCUCACUCCAGGACCUCACUCCAGGACCUCACUCCAGGACCUGUCUCCAGGACCUCACACCUUGACCUGUCUCCAGGACCUCACACCUUGACCUCACUCCAAGACCUCACUCCAGGACCUCACUUCAGGACCUCACACCUUGACCUGACCUCACUCCAGGACCUCACUCCAGGACUUCACACCUUGACCUCACUCCAGGACCUCGCUCCAGGACCUCACUCCAGGACCUCACUCCAGGACCUCACUCCAGGACCUCGCUCCAGGACCUCACUCCAGGACCUCACUCCAGGACCUCGCUCCAGGACCUCACUCCAGGACCUCACUCCAGGACCUCACUCCAGGACCUCGCUCCAGGACCUCACUCCAGGACCUCACUCCAGGACCUCACCCAAGGACCCCACUCUAGGACCUCACUCCAGGACCUCACACCUUGACCUCACUCCAGGACCUCACUCCAGGACCUCACUCCAGGACCUCACUCCAGGACCUCACUUCAGGACCUCACUCCAGGACCUCGCUCCAGGACCUCACUCCAGGACCUCACUCCAGGACCUCGCUCCAGGACCUCACUCCAGGACCUCACUCCAGGACCUCACUCCAGGACCUCGCUCCAGGACCUCACUCCAGGACCUCACUCCAGGACCUCACACCUUGACCUCACUCCUUGACCUCACUCCAGGACCUCACACCUUGACCUCACUCCAGGACCUCACUCCAGGACCUCGCUCCAGGACCUCACUCCAGGACCUCACUCCAGGACCUCACUCCAGGACCCCACUCCAGGACCUCACUCCAGGACCUCACACCUUGACCUCACUCCCGGACCUCACACAAGGAAAUGACCAGAUCCUACGUAUUCUUAAACACACGUCCUCCGAUAUUUGA